UGCCCGUAUACCAGGCGCACAAAAGAAACAGUAAGUUGUUAACAACAAAUCCAAGAAAAACCUUUGCUGUUGUGCCGGUCGUAAAGUUUUUACUGUGUUUGUAAACAAAGUUUGGUACUGCACCCGUAGUUGGCAACGCAAUUGCUUCCAUAUGUUUUCUGUUCGCUUGGUCCAAUUGGGAAGUUUGCUUAUUGGAAUUUACGCUAAAUAUUUUUUUAACUUUUUUUUAUCUUAAUCGAUUCAGCGCUUACACACAUAACAUAUGAGAGCACUUAUGUUAAUACCAUGGUGAUCAGAGUAAAAAAAAACUUUAUGGCAUGUAUUUGGUAGAAGAACCGCAAAACCAACGGCACAAACUUUUACCAUUUCACAAUAAUCAGCAAUAAAUUUUUUUAUAGCAUAGUUGGCAACGUCCUCAUAUUGUUAAUUUCAUUUGUGUUGACGCACCAACAGCUGGUGCAUUUCAUUUCUGCACGUGUUUCACAACAAAAGAUUUUUUGGAAAAAUACGCAUUAAAUUUUGUAAAAAUUAGUUAUUAGUUAACUGCUAAAGCCACAACUUUCGUACUUCUAUCGUUUUAUUUUUUAGUUUCAAUAAGAAAUACACAUAAUGGAGUACAUAGAGCCAAAAGCGCUACCUGCCAAAACCGCGAUGAUUCUGUGUUGCGAAUGUGGUGUACCAAUUGAACCGAAUCCAUCAAAUAUGUGUGUGACAUGUCUGCGUAACCAUGUGGACAUUACCGAGGGUAUCCCCAAACAGGCGGUGUUGCAUUUUUGUCGUAAUUGUGAACGUUACCUUCAACCACCCGGUGAAUGGGUAUCAGCAGCAUUGGAAUCGCGUGAAUUAUUGGCUUUAUGUUUGAAAAAGUUGAAGGGCUUAAAGGAGGUGAAGUUAGUGGAUGCCGGGUUCGUCUGGACCGAACCACAUUCCAAACGUCUCAAAGUCAAAUUGACAGUACAUGGUGAAAUUAGUGGAGGCACUGUUCUGCAACAAGUGUUUAUAGUGGAAUUCACAGUGCAAAAUCAAAUGUGUGAUGAUUGUCAUCGCACCGAAGCGAAAGAUUUCUGGCAUUGUUUGGUGCAAGUGCGUCAACGCGCCGAAAACAAGAAGACAUUCUACUACUUGGAACAGCUGAUACUGAAACACAAGGCACAUGAAAACACUUUGGGUAUAAAACCAUUACAUGGCGGCUUAGAUUUCUAUUACGCCAAUUUCAAUCAUGCCAAGAAAAUGGUAGACUUCUUGCAAUAUAUGGUGCCUAUUAAGGUGACUACGUCCAAGCGGCUGAUUUCGCACGAUAUUCAUAGCAACAAUUUUAAUUACAAAUAUACUUGGUCUGUGGAAAUUGCGCCACUAUCGAAAGACAGCGCUGUUUGUUUAUCGAAGAAGUUACGUCAACAAUUGGGCAAUCUUUCCCCUAUUUGCUUAGUGUAUAAAGUUGCAACGGGUAUACAUCUGAUUGAUCCAAUGACUGCACAAAUAUCAGAAUUAUCCGGCCAAAUGUUUUUCCGCAAUCCUUUCGAGUCUUUAUGUGAUCCAAAGCAAUUGGUUGAGUACGUUGUUAUGGAUAUAGAACCUAUCAUGGAUAAAGACAGAAAACAUAUACCAGGCACCGGUCACAUCUCAUUCCGUCAUGUUUUAUGUGAUAUUUGGGUAGUACGUUCGUCAGAGUUGGGUAUCAACGAAAACACAAUACAUACACGAUCACAUCUUGGUCAUUUGCUAAAAGUUGGUGAUUCUGUGAUGGGAUAUAAUUUGGGUGAAGCGAAUUUAAACAACACCGAAUUUGAAAAUUUGUCUUCAGAUCAAAUACCCGAUGUAGUGCUGGUGCGUAAAUGCUAUGCAGACCGUCAAACACGUACCAAUAGUCGUAAUUGGAAAUUGCGUCAUUUGGCCGAUGAAGCCACAGAUGAGCGUAGUAAACAUGAUUUCCAUGAGUUCCUCGAGGAUUUGGAAGAGGAUGUAGAUUAUCGCAAACAGAUUAAUAUAUAUCGUGAUGCAAAGAAAACACUGCCCGUAGAUAGUAAUGACACACAAGAGGCAAACAAUAGUGUACCGCACAUAACGCUGGCCGAAAUGUUGGAAGAUUUGGCAUUGGAUUGUGCAGAUGACGCAAUGGGCGAUGAUAAUGAUGAUGAGGAAGGUGGUGCAGGUCAAUAAAUUACUGUUACAUAUAUGUUUUUAAUGGAAUAUUUGAAGAUAAUUUAAUAAAAGGAAUUAUUUUG